UGUCAGUCAGGAGGCGGAAGCUGGUGCAGGCGGGAAGGUUGUAGUGCGGCGCUCCGUUGUGCUCGUGCUGAGUUCCGCGUGGGCUCCCCCGCCCCGAGCUGAGUUCCGCGUGGGCUCCCCCGCCCCGAGCUGAGUUCCGCGUGGGCUCCCCCGCCCCGAGCUGAGUUCCGCGUGGAGCCCCCCCACCCCGGCACAGCCGUGACUGGACAGCGAGGUUUCUCGAGACUCCUCGCAUCCGGAUGAUUGUAAAGUGCUGAUCAGUGGCCACUGAAUAUAAUUGAAACAGAAUAGGAAGAUGGCAGCAAAUCCUUCAGGACAAGGUUUUCAAAAUAAAAAUAGAGUUGCGAUCUUGGCUGAACUGGACAAAGAGAAAAGAAAAUUACUUAUGCAGAACCAAUCUUCAGCAAGUCACCCUGGAGCUAGCAUCUCCCUCUCCAGACCCUCUCUUAACAAGGACUUCCGGGACCAUGCUGAGCAGCAGCACAUUGCAGCCCAGCAGAAGGCAGCUCUGCAGCAUGCUCACGCACAUUCGUCUGGAUACUUCAUAACUCAAGACUCGGCAUUUGGGAAUCUUAUCCUUCCUGUUUUACCGCGCCUUGACCCAGAAUGAAGAACGUAUCUAUGAUCAAAGGGACCUUGUAAUUAGUAUCAAAUGUCAAUGCUCUCAUUGGGCUCUACACAAACUCUGACUUUGAGGACUUUGGAGAAUUUAGUUUUCUGUUUUUUAAAGAAAGCAAUAAGUGAGAGUGAAGAAAGAAGGGAAGCUGGGAUGCUGAGAACUCUGGACGCCAUAUGGUUGGCGGAAUUGGUUGUGCUGCCUGUAACUAACUUUUUUGUAUUACCAUUUGACUCUUUAUUCUCAGACUUAGAAUUGCUUAUUUCAUAAAAUCUUCACCUUCAAGAAGUUGGACCGAGUGUCUUACGCAUGAAGCCCUGGAUUUGACCCCAGCACUGCACAAACAAACUUGAUACGCAUUCCGGUAAUCUUGGCACUGGGGAAACAGGCAGGAAGAUCAGAAGUUCGAAACCAUCCUUGCUUAGGUAGUGAUUUUUGAGACCAGUCUGAGGUAUAUGAAACUGCCUCAAAAAACAAAAUACCAAAACCAAACAAGGACCAUUUAUAGUCCUAACUUUAAAGAAAUGAGGGUGCUUUUUAAAAAUGUGAACAAUAGUCUUACAUUACAAACAUACUUUUGGUUUCUUGUGUUCAGAAGCAACAUAUCUAGAAAUACUCUGAGCUAAUAACUCGUUCUCCUAUUCUGAAUGUUAAAACUCAAAUAAGACUAAAUUAUCAACCAAUCUUUGUUUUUCAAUAAAUGAUGUGACUAAAUACUGUUAUGAAAAACUAAGUAAUCUAUUUUUAUGUAUUUAAAUGUAUUCGUGUUCUCACUUCAUGUUGCUACACAAAUGGUGUGCUUGAGUGGUUUUCUAUUUUUUAUCUAAUUGAAAAUUUAAAACUAGGCAAAUUAAAGCCUUUUAAAUUCUCUUAAAUACAAAAGACUUAGGUUAAGCAAGUUGCUCGUCAGAGUCAAACUUUAACAAGAAACUGAGGUGUUUGUUUAAAUAUGUAGUUGCCACUACCUUCCCUUUGUCCUAUAGAAGUAGACGUGUGGCCAGGCCAUGCUGGUACACGCCUUUAAUUCCAGCACUCCUGAGGCAGAGGCAGGCGAAUCUCUGAGUUCAAGGCCAGCCUGGUUUACAGAGCAAGUUCCAGAGCAGACUUCAAAGCUUCACAGAGAAACCCUGUCUUCAAAAACCAAAACCAAUCUUGUUCUGUAACACAUCUUGCACACAAAUGUCAUGAUCAAAAUGUAUUUUAUAAGGAGGUUAUUCUGUAAGUAUCUUGGCAUUUUCUGUUCCUGAGGAUUGGCCCUAGGGGUUUUAAAACCUUGCAGUGUUUCACUGAUCCAAGGCCCCAUCCCCAUCCCUACAAAACCCUGUGUAACUGACUGUCUGGCAUCCCCAUCCUCUCUGGUGUUGGGGAGUUUGAACUUUUUCAGUUGGGUCAAUAUUUAGCCACAGUUAGCCUCCUGAUAGUUCCUUGUAGGCGUCUUCAUCAAGCACAGAGCACACCGCUCGGAGUGAUGUGAGAGUUAGCAGUCCUAGGGGGUCCUUAGCUCUGCAGAGCCGAUUUCUACUGCGUGGGUGGGAACAUUCUGAUUAUACUGAUGCUCCCCAUUGUGGGUGGUACCCUCGUGUCUGCUGCGUCUGCUCCUCUCCUUCCAAAAGAACAGCCACCUUAUUGGGGUGGAACGUUGUUUCUGUUCUGUCAUCCCUGACAUACUAACAUGGUUAUUGAUGUUAGGAAAGUAGCUGUGUGUAGUUUUUUCACUGUUGUAGCCUUUGCUUACUGUGUAAGUUUGUAAUUUAGGUUCCUGUUUUCCUGUUUCUGAGACAAGAUACCCCGAUGAAAAUACCUUAAGGGAGAAAGGGCUCGUCUUGAUCCACAGUUCAAGACACAGUCCAUCAUGGUGGGGAAGUCAAAGCAGCAGGUGCUUGGAGCAGUUGUUUGCAUCUCAUCUGCAGUCAAGUGGAGAGCAAAGAGUGGAUGUUACUGCUCUCUCCUUUACAGCCAGGGAAUGGUGUGGCUCCUGACGUGGUGUAUCUUGUACCUCAGUUACUGCUAUGAAGGUAAUUCUACAAGGCAUGCCCAGAGGCCCAUCUCAUAGGUGACUCUAGAUUGUGCCACACUGAUGACGCCAUCCUGCUAACUAGGACAUUUCUCUGGUUCUCUGCCCUGUGUAACAUAUAUACACAGAGAUGAGUAUGUGGUGUGUGCUAUGUUUAAGGGACAAAAAGAUGACUGAGAUGUGCGUAUCGGGUGGUGACAUUGUGGAGGAUCCUACUCUGGCAUAUAGGUAGUCAUAAAGCAAGCAGUUAUGGCACAAGAGACACAUCUGAGCACACUGCAGUUUGGAUAUGGCUAGAAGUAUGUAGGUGAUGAAGGAGUGAAGGGUACCCAGACAAAGGUCAGAACUGCAGUCCAGGCCAGUGUGGUGGUUCAGGACUAAUCCUAGCACUCAGGUAAGGUCAGCCUCACCUACAGAGUGAGACCCUAUUCCUUAAGCCUACCCUCACCACCACCCUCUUCCCCCAAAAAAGUAUGAUGAGAGAGAAUGAGUUAGGGAUGAAGACUGCAGUGUUACAGAGAGAUUGGGCUUGGUUGAAGCCUGGAGGUGAAAUUCCUUCCAGUGCUAUUUCUCUGGGAUCAUGGGUAAAUUUAGGCAAAUCACUUAACCUUUUUGCAUGCCACGCCAUCAAUAAGAUGGAAUCAGCACACAGCUGGCUAGUGUCUCACUUGUUUAGGCCAGUAAACUUCAAGUCUCAGCUUGUUUCUGAGUUAAGGCAGCUUAAUAGUUUAAUGCAUUGAUUGUAUCAGCAUUAGACAAAGAAAAUAGGAAAUAAAACUGUAUUGUAUGUGUUAAUAGAUGCUUUAGUUUCACGAAUGUUCUGUGACUAUAUGUGUAUUCAGUUUACAUUCUAGUAUAUACAUCUUCAAGGGUAAAGAUUUUGUUUUUUCUCUGGUUCUUCUCUUCAUGUAGAAUAAUACCUGCUAUGUUAGGGGUAUUUAUAUCUACUUGUUGAAGGAGUGAAUGCAAGAAUACAUACACACACAGAACCUUGAUUGCAGCGUAAAAAAAAUAAUCUGUCUUAUUUUUGAAAUAGGAUUUCCCACUACCCUGAAACUCACUGAUUUUGGUAGACUGGCUGGCCAACUAGCCCCAGGGCUCCUCCUCCCCUUCAGUGCUGGGAUGACAGCGAGUGCCAGGCUUUUAUUGUUGGCAUUGGGGGUCCACAUGCUUGUAGUUUACAAUUUGAGCCAUCUCCCUAGCUCCUAAAAAGAUGUCUUUGUGUGUGUGUGUUUUGUUUUUUAGACAUGGAAAAUAAAUUUUGAA